ACAUACCUCAUCUACCUCACCCUUGUCCUAAACUCACUCCUUCACUCGACAAGAUGUCUAAUAUUACAACCUCCUCCUCACUACUACUACUAAAACAGUGGGAUACAAUGGAACAUCAAACAGCUGAUGAAUGUCCUCGUAGACCCUCAGCUGACUCCUUUUCAACCGAACCGCACACAUCCACGCAUACAACCCCGAUUUCCACCUCACCGACAACUCCAAGCGAGAGGGAACAACAGAUGACCUCUGUACAAUCAAUAGAAACAACUCCAUCACAACCGACAGAAGCGUCUACUGCUGGACAAGAACAACGAUCAAUAACACAGACAACUUCGACUAAUUCAUCGCAUGCAAUGGAUAUACUUGUAAACACACAGGCAACAACAGACCCCAUACAUAUACAAGUGCAAAUACACACGUCUAAUAUCAUACACACUGCUUCUACCACCCCAGUUACUACUCCCACACAACCGACACCAAGUAUAACCUUUCCUCAAUCAUUUGCAUCACCGCAAGAAACUUCAAUAAGCGCACCCACCACACCCUCCGCCACCAACUCUCCAAAAAAACCAGUAGUAACCAGGCAACCACGCCUGUUGGAAUGCUACAACUGUGGAAUAACAAAUACCCCACUUUGGCGGAGAACACCCGACCGCAUGCACUCUUUGUGCAAUGCUUGUGGUCUAUAUUAUAAACAAUACAACACCCAUCGUCCUCUUCACAUAAUACACAAGACAAAACCUGCUGCACGUUCCUAUCCCUAUAUACUUCCCGCGUCGAAAGAGGCCGCGGCUGCAGCAGCGGCUGCAGCAGUUGCCGUUCAAUUAAAUACAGCACCAAGUCCGCAACCAACACAGAUUCAAUCUUCUAUACCAGUUGACCCAGUAACAAUUGUAACCGAAUCGGCAGUUCAAUGCAUUAACUGUGGACAGACACAGACUCCGCUCUGGCGGAAGAACGAGAAAGGCCAACCAUUGUGCAAUGCCUGUGGUUUAUAUGCCAAGAUGCAUAACAGAGAUAGGCCGCUUGCAAUGCGCAAAUCAAAAAUCCAACGACGACGUAGAGAUUGGGGUGCCGCAUAUCCAUCAGACGCUAACGGCAAUUCAUUAAUUGAAGCAUCAGGUUCUGACGAGUCAUUCUCGUCUAGUCCGCAGAGUCCUUCGCUAUCACCCAUGCAGGGCAUAACGUCUUCACCUAAUCAACGACCGAUAAUGCCAUUACCGCCUACUACGCACAUUGCUCCUGCACUAUUAACUUUGGCGACGGCAGCAACAGCGUUACAACAGCAGAAUAAUAAUCAGCAGCAGUCCCCGAUAAGUUCUCCUCCUAAUACACAUGAUCCGUAUAUGCCUCCACCGUUCGAUUAUUUUGAUGAGGCAAAAUUCAAACAGCUGGUGGAUAGAUUAUCGCGACGGCAAGUGGAGGAAUUUUUAGCUGUAGAAGAGGAAGAGGAUGAACCAAGGAUUAAAAUGGAGUAA